GUAGUCUACCUAUGUCAAAUGAACUCUCGGUUGGUCGUUCAGCCUCGCAGUUUUUGGUCACUUCUGAGAAUAGAUCGGGAUAUGAUAUUUGCAAUUCAACAUCGGUCGGUUCUCCACGCAGAAAUGUCGCUCGUUUCCAGCGUCCAACAGCCUGUAUUUUCCAUACAUCAUUAAUUAUACAUUCUGUGUAGUGUUGUGUGAAAGACAACGUUCUGAAUCUCCUGCAACUCAUUCAAAGAGUCGACAGCAAGAUGCUCCCGUUAAUGCUAAUGGACAAAACGAUAGGUUUGUGGCGUCGUUAAAUCUGAUCCAGCAUAGAUAUGAUUUUGAAUCUUUGCAAAAAGAAAUUGCCAAAAGGAGUGGCGUCCUACUCUUUGGAAACAAGGUUUUACUAGCUAAAACAGAUGAUUUCGCGAAUGAGGGCUGUCUAGGUUCUGGUACGUGUAGCUCUGUGUACAAAAUGCGACAUCGUACCAAGCCUAAUAUAGUAAUGGCAGUUAAGCAAAUGCGUGUGUCAUCUACGUAUGAAGAGGAAAAUAAGCGUAUUAUGAUGGAUCUAAAUAUUGUUACAAAAUGUUUCGAUUGCUCUUAUAUCGUCGAGUGCUAUGGAAUAUUCUUCUCUGGAGUGAGUUCAUCUUACCACUUUUUACGCUUCAGGGUGAUGUCUGGAUAUGCAUGGAAGUCAUGUCAACCUGCUUAGAUAAGCUAUAUCAUGAUCUUCAUCGUCCAUUUCCAGAAAAGGUUUUGGGGAAAGUUACGGUUGCUGUAAGUUUGUUUCAGUUCACUUUAACUUUUUUAAAGAUUACCACUGCUUUGGACUAUUUGAAACGGAAACAUAACGUUAUGCACAGAGGUAAUGCUCUAAUUUUAAUAAGUUCCAGACGUUAAACCAUCUAAUAUGCUCUUGAGUUACCAAGGUGUCAUUAAGUUAUGUGACUUCGGAAUAAGUGGAAUUCUUAAGGAUUCUAUUGCCCGUUCGCGACAGCCGGGAUGUACUGGUUAUAUGGCUCCAGAACGUCUUAACAACUCAACAUAUGAUGUUCGUGCAGACAUUUGGUCACUUGGAAUAUCAUUGUUGGAAUUGGCAACUGGAUCUUUUCCGUACACUGGGACUCAUAUUGAAUUUGCUAUUAUGACUAAAAUAAUUUCAGAUCCACCUCCAUCGUUACCUCACCAUAUACCUUUUACCCCUGCAUUCCGUCAAUUCGUCGAGCUAUGCUUAACAAAGGACCAUACUCAGCGCCCAAAAUAUCGCUCAUUAAUGAGUACUGGAUUUUUUGUUCGGCACAACAAGGAGCCUCAUGAUGUACUAGAGUGGCUUAGGGGAUUACCAUUACCACACUUACAGUGUUUAGAUGAAACGAAGACCAAUAAUUGGGAUUGCAAAACUCCUACAAGCAUCACAUCCUCUAUGGGUUAUUUAACUGGCACAAUUGAAUCUCCCAAAUCAGUGACCACUCUUAGUCCAGAUAUUUCCGGGGGUGUGAGUAAUAUCUCUCUUGAUGAAUCUUCCGAUUCAAAAAAAGCAUCAUGGGAAAAUAUAAAUAAUCAAGUUGAGGUAGACGUUACACUAGUUGCAGCACCUAAAGUAAAUUCUGAUUCUAACGAGCAAACACAGUUCACUAUUCAUAAAUCUUCUGUAACUUCUGACCAUUUUGUUAAUGAAAAUAUUUCCCCUCAACUCUCAUCAUUUACAAUUGGUGAACAGUUUUCUGUUGGUCAACAUCCUCAUUUUUUUAAGACACGAAAUACAAUAGUUGAUCAGAGUUCAGAAAAUUUUAUUAACCUACUAGAGGGAAAGUCCAAUAAGUUCCUCUCCCAGGGCUCUUCAGGUUACGGAUCUGCAGGUUCUGAUAGUUCUCCUGGAUCUCUUGGAAGUGAUAGUCGUCCACCAAGUUCCACCCAAGUUCUUGAUAUGAUAUUACCCAAUAGAAGUGUCAAUGGGAUCCCUCCUUUACCAGUAUUUCAGCGUGCCAAACCUUCGUACACUCUCAGAGUCAAUAAACCCAAUAAAUGUUUGAACAAUAUUUCGGAAAAUAAUGUUAGUCGAUCUAAUUUGUCAAUCCGUCCCACCGUAUCAGAUUCAUUUUCUAAUCAUCCUAGUUGUCAAGUCUCCUCUGUGCAUUCAAUAAGUGGUUCUGAUCAGUGGAGUACGUUAUCCCUAUCAUCUAGAACAACUCAUAUACCUACAUCUCAACCUGUUACGGAAAAUUCUGUUCAUAAUCAACUAACAUCACUCAUUGAAAAAUUUGAACCCAGCUCGAAUAAAGGAGUUGGUUUAUGUGCUAGCACGAAACAUGAAAAGUGUACCCCUUUAGAUAAUGACUCCCAAGAAAAAGGUAAAAGUUUUGGUUCUUCAAAGAUGGAAAUGAUCUCUGGUCGUCCCAAUAUAAACAAACGGAAAAUAUUUGGCCAAUCACGUUCCUCUUCUGUUGGUGCUCAGUUGCAGCGCUCUCCCGCUAAAAGAUGGUUAGUCAAACCACCACAAAUUAUAAGGAAUUUUCAAGUCGAUCAAAAUUCUUCAAUAUGUGUACACAAUAAUACCACUCGUAUACGUUCGCCAGUAAUUCCAAAUGCUACCUCAUCCAUAUUGAACCCGAACUAUGGGACCAUUUUAGGGAAGAAUACGUCUCCACAACAAUAUCAUCAUCAUUAUUUCUAUUAUUAUUAUGACAAUCAACUCGAUGCAAACAAUCUAAAUAAACCAUCUAGUACAUCAUGGGUAACCAAAGAGAAUAUAAGUGCUCUUGGUAGAAAUUCGCCAUCUUAUUUUACUAAUUCAAACUCCAAUUCAUUGGUUAGUAACUCUCUACCCACAAGCAACAUAUCACCUAUUCUUUCAGGAAGAAUGUGUCAACGGUUAAAUACUCAUCCAAUUCCAAGACAAAGCAGUUUACAAUUUCCAUCUGACGAUUUUAGAUCUUCCAAGGCGGGGUCAAACUCACUUUUUUUCUCUGGAAUGUUAGGAUCACGUCUACCUAUGGCUUCACAAUCCACUUAUCAGAUUAUAUCCAGCGAGUCCUAUGGGCGAUACCUUAACCGAGACAUUUUCCAACAUCCACUUGUAUUCAGUAACUCAACGCUAAGAGACGCUGGCACAUUGAUAAAGAAAGGUGAACAUCCUAAACAUACACACAGAUCAAUGUCACAACCUCCUAAAUUACGAAAUUGGCUAUCUUUUGAAACAGAACUGUGAAGAUACACCUCAUGGUACUAAUGCAUAUCAACAGAAAUAUCGAGAUCUAUUUAUGUUCCUAAACUUAGUUCCAAAUUACCUUUGUCUUUCGAUGCUUGCAUCAGCAUUUUGUUGUUAGGGCGAUUUUAUUGAUCAUCUUCAAAUGCUCACAUUCAUUUCUAGUCUUUCCAUUUUCCAUACAAAAAGCAUAACCUACAAAAGCUUUCAGUAACUACUCUUAAAUAUGUUUAUUGCUAAUCAGUUGGGUUACUUCUGUACAUACUAGUGUAAAUUAUGGUCUUCAUUGUAAUUUAUGCCCUAACAGUUUUAUUUGAAGUCAGUUACCUAGUUGUAUUAUUGUUUUAUUAGUCAAGUCUUGAAUUUUUGGAUGAUUUUUAAAAAUAAUCUUUCAACGAAUUCGUGUUAGGUUCCAGAAAAUAAAAUAUUUUU